AAAAAUGUUGCAUGCAUACUGCAUUAAAAUUUUAAUAUUGUCAUAAAAUAUUAUUCGAAUUUUAUUUUAGUUGAAGUAACAUUUCGAUAUCGUGAUGACGCACGCCGAUCGCUGAAUUACGAUUUAUUUUAUUGUUUAUUGGAUUUUAUAAACAUGCACUUGAUCCAAAUAAUCACAUUCGUCUGCCUUUUGUUUUUUGACGAAUCAAAUUCAGUUCGUUUACACAAGAUGUUCCAAUUUAUCGACGGUUUCAAAUCAGAGCACAAUCUCAGAGGAUUUCUCCAUGUAGGCAAUGAUUACGCAGUGUUCCUUCGAGCUCCGAAACCUCACGACAAAUACCUGAUAUACGAAUUAUAUGAGGCUAAAAAUGUGCCUGAAACCAACACGUAUAAGCCUAGAAUGCUGGCUAUAACAAAAGUGCCAAUAGAAUAUAUGAGAGAUCAGUUGAAAAUGUUCAGAAGUGAGCUGUACAAAGCUAAGUAUGUGGAUCAAAAAGUAGUGCCUGGGACACAGAUUAAAACACUGAGGGAAUGGCAAAUAGACCGAGCAUUAAGUUUCCACGAAAACCCUGGCCAACUGCACAACAAAGUACCUGUACUGCGAACGAUACUCUAACGAAAUAUACACUGUUUUCGAUUUGUU